AGGCAAGCAGGCAGGCGGCCUGUCUUAUCCGAGCGCGGCUCCGGCACUGCUCCCUGCUCCCGAAAGCAGCAUCCCUCCGUCGGCGCCGGCAUGGCUGGCGUGAGCUUCAGCGCGAACCGCCUGGAGCUGCUGGCCUCAUACCAGGAGGUGAUCGGGGAAGACAGCCCCACGGACUGGGCUCUGUAUACCUAUGAAGAAGAUUCUGAUAAUCUGAAGCUGGCAGCCUCAGGAACUGGUGGCCUGCAAGAGCUGUCUAGCCAUUUUGAGAACCAGAAGGUGAUGUACGGAUUCUGCAGUGUCAAAGAUCCCCAGGCCACCCUGCCUAAAUAUGUCCUCGUUAAUUGGGUGGGAGAGGAUGUAGCUGAUGCCCGCAAGUGUGCCUGUGCUAGCCAUGUGGCCAAGAUUGCAGAGUUCUUCCAGGGUGUGGAUGUAAUUGUCAAUGCUAGCAGCGUGGAAGACAUAGACCCAGGAGCUAUUGGUCAGCGACUCUCCAAUGGCUUGGCUCGCAUUGCCAGUCCAGUGCUGCACCGCCUUCGCCUGCGUGAGGAUGAAAAUGCCCAACCUGUGGGCACGGUCUAUCAGAAGACAGAUGCAGCUGUGGAGAUGAAACGCCUCAACCGGGAGCAAUUCUGGGAGCAGGCUAAGAAAGAGGAAGAGCUACGCAAAGAAGAAGAGCGGAAGAAAGCCCUGGACGAGCGGCUGCGUUUUGAGCAAGAGCGCAUGGAGCAGGAGAGGCAGGAGCAAGAGGAGCGUGAGAAGCGCUACCGGGAGCGUGAAGAGCAGAUCGAGGAGCAUAGGCGAAAGCAGCAGACCCUGGAAGCAGAAGAAGCCAAGCAGCGAUUGAACGAGCAAUCCAUCUUUGGGGAGCAGGAGGACGAUGAAGACAGGCAGCAGCCCAAAAAGUCUGAGUCGGAGGUGGAGGAGGCAGCUGCCAUUAUUGCUCAGCGGCCUGAGAACCCUCGGGAGUUCUUCCGGCAGCAAGAACGAGUGGCUUCAGCCAGCUCUGAGACACCCUCGCCCUUCAACAGAACAGGUCGUCUGCACUGUCCUUUCAUAAAGACACCUGACAGUGGGCCGCCUUCUUCCUCCUCUUCCUCUUCCUCCCCUCCACGGACUCCCUUCCCCUAUAUCACUUGCCACCGCACACCAAACCUCUCUUCCUUCUUCCCAUGCAGCCAGACGGAAACACACAGAAAGGCCUCUGCCUCUGCUAGUAGCCCCUGUGACUCCAGUACGGCUUCCACGCCAGUGGGUGAGCAGAUUGAGCGUGCCCUGGAUGAGGUGACGCAACAGGAUGCUUUAAAAGACUCCUCCAGCCCAAGCAGCGAAGAGGCAGGCAUGGCAGCUGCUACGAACUGGGUUCCCCCCAGUGAAGAACAACCAGUGGAGAAAGCAGGAGAGCCUCCUGGGGCUACAGCCUGGCAAGGUCCUGACUGGACAGAACCACAGCAAAGUGGGACUGACCCCGUUGAAGACGUGGUGCUCCCAGAGGCCAAAGAAGAGCCUCUCUUCCCAGCAGCCCCACCUCCAAAAGAAGAGCCUCAGUUCCCAGCAGCCCCGCCCUCUGUGCAGAGUGAGGAUGCUUUAGAUCUGGGGGAGGCCUUUGGUUUUUCACAGCCACCUGCACCCCCUUCUGAGAACAUUCUUGACCUGUGGCAGAAUGACAGCACUGUGGUGGAACCCAACCCUCCUGAUGCCUGGGAGCUCCAGCAGGGUGGACCUCCCACUCCGGCCCCGUGGGAUCUUCGUGAUGGGCCUCCCAUGCCUGCCCCCAUGCUGGUUGAGGUGGAUGUCCCUCCAGGGGCACCAGAGCCCCCAUCUUCCACAGGCCUUCCUGAAGAUAACCUCUUGAACUUCAAUGACCUGCCUGAGCCCCCAGCAACUUUCUGUGAUGCAGAUCAGGACGAAGAGCCAGCAAGCAUUAUUGCUGUUGAAGGGCUGCAUCAGAUGACGCUCAGCUACCAGCAUGCCCUGCAGGAAGCCUCUGGGGUGCACCAGGAGCCCCAAUUGCUCACUAAUGGGGAGACUGCCCAAAAGGAAAGCACGCAGACCAGUGAGGGCUAUUUUAGCCAAUCACAAGAUGAAGAUUUUAACCAAUCAGAAGAACUCUCUGCUAAAGCUCCUCCUCCAGUGUUCUACAAUAAGCCCCCAGAGAUUGACAUCACCUGUUGGGAUGCUGACCCAGUGCCAGAAGAGGAGGAGAGCUUUGGGGGCAGCGUUUAAGGCUGACUCUCAGGCCAAAUUCCUCAACCCUGCACCUAGCAAGUCCAGUGUCUGCAAGCCUGGAGCAGCCGCAGUGAGGGCCUGGUGCCCCCUUGCUCCAUAUUGUAGCCCUGCGGUCCAUGGCCUCAGAUUGUACCCCGGCCAGAUAGAAAAAUCUGGGAGGGGUGGAUAACUUUUUCCAGUGCGCGCUCUU